AUGUCUUUGGAACUAAAAGAUGGACUAGGGGUGACUUUCAUCUCAGAUAUGCAAAAGGGAUUGGUUGAUGCUGUGAAGAAUACAUUGCCUAACUCUUACCAUAGAUACUGUGUGAGACACAUUGAGGCCAAUUGGCAGAAGAAGUGGAGAAGUGGACAAAUGAAGAAGUUGAUGUGGUGGUGUGCUUGGAGCACUUAUAAAGAAGAGUUCACAGACCAACUCAAAAAGUUGGGUGAAUUAUCCAAGGAAGAUAAUUCUUUUGCUACCAAGGAUCUGUUGCACUAUCCUCCACAAUCUUGGUAUAGAGCAUAUUUAGACACUAAGUGUAAAAACAUGAUGGUUGACAAUAAUUUCACUGAGUCAUUUAAUUCAUGGAUUCUUCAAGCUAGAAAAAUGCCAAUCAUCAGGAUGCUGAAGGAAAUUAGGACAAAGGUUAUGAGGUUGUUGGUUAAAAAUGAAGAUGAAAUCAGGAAAUGGGAUGGUGACUUUAGUCCAAAAUCUCUGAAGUUGUAUGAUGACUACAGGGAAAUUGCUCAUUACUGUAAGGUUGAGUAUAAUGGUGACUAUGACUAUGAAAUAUCUGAAGGUGAAGAUAGGCAUAUUGUUGAUCUUUCACAGAAAAGAUGCACAUGUAGAGUUUGGCAGUUAUCUGGAAUCCCUUGCCCCCAUGCUAUCAAAGCUAUCAUGUAUGACAAGGGUGAACCUAUGGAUGAAAUGCACUGGUUCUACAACAAGGAGGCAUAUUCCUUGACUUACAAGAACAAGUUGCAACCUAUUAGAGGACAACAGUUUUGGAAGAUUACUGAAGCUCAAGCCAUGGAUCCACCUGAUGUUGCCAAGACUGUGGGCAGGCCUAAAGAGAGAAGAAAUAGAGAACCUGAUGAAGCAAGCAAAAGGAAGGGAGAGUGGAGUCUAUCAAGAAGGGGUAUGGUUAUGACCUGCAGCAAAUGUGGUGAAGAGAACCACAAUGCUAGAGGUUGUUUCAAGGCAAGACUGAAGGCAAGAAAGCUGCAAGUGAGGCCACCAACUGGUACAAGAAGAAUGCAGGUUACUCAAGGUGCUGAUGGAGUGUCAAUGCCCACAGACUUUCCUUAUUCACCAACUAAAACAACUUGGGGAGACAAUGCAGCACUUACACCCAGGCAGCUUGAAACUCAAGCAAGAAGAAAGAGGAAGAAGAUUGAAUCAAAAGGGAAUGAAGCUGUUGUAGCAGAUUCUGGAGUUGAAUGUGAAUGUGAAUAUGAAUUUCAGUUGACUGUUACUGUUGACAUAUGA